CGGACACAGUGGACUGUGCUGGCCUGGACCUGCAGGUGUUCCCGAACAACGUCACUAGGGCGGCUCAACACCUCUCCCUUCAGGUGGGGCUGGGGCCAGGGGUGAGAGCUGGAGGCCUGGGGAGGUUGGUGAGCAUGCAAGUACUGGGUUGAAACUGGAGGCGUGGGGUCCAUUGUGAGGGAGUGAGACUGGGUGUGUGGGUUCUGAUACUGAUGGAAGUUGACCGUGAUGACACAGUUGGGGUCUGUUGUCGGAGAGGAGAGUGAGCGAUGACACUGUUGGGGUCUGUUGUCGGAGAGGAGAGCGAGUAUAUGCUCAAGUGGGAGGGGCCGAGGGCAUGAGGGUCCUGGGUCAACAUCUUGGCUUGGGGCCUCCUGAGGCCUGGGUUGUGAGGCAGUGGGGUCAGCUGUGGUGUUGAUGGGGUAGUAGAACACCCAGGUUUUGGUGGUUUUGGAGUUGCUUGGAGUCAGGGUGAUGAAUCAUUUGGGGGUCAAGUGUGUGGGUGAGGGCUACCUGUUUAGGCUGAUGGGAGUUAAGGAUUGGAGCUUAGGGUCACUUGCUGAGGGUGAAUGGUUAUGAGGUUAGUUAGGAGUGUGAACACCUCCUUGGCCUCCAGAACAACCAGCUUCAGGAGCUUCCCUACAAUGAACUGUCACGACUCAGCAGCCUGCGGACCCUCAACCUCCACAACAACCUUAUAUCCUCUGAGGGGCUGCCUGAUGAGGCAUUCGAGUCCCUCAGCCAGCUGCAGCAUAUCUACAUUGCCCACAACAAGCACCAUUCUGCUCCUGCAGCUCUCUGUGGCCCCCCAGUUUCUGCCCCCCUCCCUCCGCAUCGCAGAUCUGGCUGCCAACCAAGUCAUGGAGAUCUUCCCACUCACCUUUGGGGAGAAACCAACACUCAGGUCUGUGUACCUCCACAACAACCAGCUGAGCAACGCUGGCUUGCCCCUCGAUGCCUUCCAUGGCUCCCAGGCCAUCACCAUCCUCAGUCUCUCCAGCAACCGGCUCAGCUAUGUGCCACCCAGCCUGCCUUCCUCACUGGAGCGGCUUCACUUGCAGAACAACCUAAUCUCCAAAGUGCCCCGAGGAGCCCUGAGCCACCAGACCCAACUCCGUGAGCUCUACCUCCAGCACAACCAGCUGACAGACAGCAGCCUGGAUGCAACCACCUUCAGCAAGCUGCACCGCCUGGAGUACCUGGACCUGUCCCACAACCAGUUGACCGAGGUGCCCACUGGGCUGCCUCGCACCCUGGCAGUGCUGCACCUGGGCCGUAACCACAUCCAGAGAGUGACGGCAGCCCAGCUGCGUGGGGUCCUGGGCCUGCGCUAUCUUCUGCUGCAGCACAACCGGCUGGGGACGGCGGGGCUGCCUGCUGGGGGGCUGCCCGCUGGGGCGCUGCGGCCACUGCGGGGACUGCACACGCUGCAUCUCUACGGCAAUGGUCUGGACAGAGUGCCUCAGGGGCUGCCCCGCCGCCUGCAGGUGCUGGUGCUGCCCCACAAUCAGGUGGCUGCCCUGGGGGCCAGGGACCUGGCUGCCAUGCGGAGCCUGGAGGAGCUCAACCUGGCCUACAACCAGCUGGCCAGCUCCCGUGUGCACCGCCGGGCCUUCCGUCCACUGCGCGCCCUGCGCAGCCUCGACCUGACCGGCAACCAGCUGACCCGGUUGCCCAGCGGCCUGCCUGCCAGCCUGCAUACUCUUCGAAUGCAGCACAAUCAGCUCCGGGCCCUGGAGCCCGAGCUGCUGGCUGGUCUGGAGCAGUUGCGGGAGCUCAUUCUGGCGCAUAACCAGCUCCGGGUGGGGACCAUCGAACCAGGCACUUGGCACGAGCUACAGGGCCUCCAGGUGCUGGACCUCAGCCACAACGAGCUGUCAUUCGUGCCCCCCGACCUGCCUGUGGCCCUGGAGGAGCUGCACCUGCAGGGCAAUCGCAUCAGCCACGUGGGCCCUGAAGCCUUUCUCAGCACACCCCACCUGCGCUUGCUCUUCCUCAGCGCCAACAGACUUCACAUGUCCAGCAUCGCACCCGAAGCCUUCCUGGGCCUCCUGCACCUGCAUGUGGUGGACACAACGGGUAACCCUGAACAGGUCCUGGUCCGGCUGCCACACACAGGCCUACGUAGGCCACGAGGAGGCUCCUGAGCCUGAAGGGACCAGCAGCAGCACAGACGUCUGAGGCUCCUCUGGGCCACAGUGUAGGAAAGCGCGCCCACCUGGGGUCUGGACCUGGCUCUCAGGUCUCAAGGGCUGGGUCUCCCAACCUGCGCUGACUGGGAAGCUGGGGCAAGGCACACAGGGAGUCUGAGGAGGGGCUAAAGUGUGUGGCCCACACCCAGCUGCACAGACCAUGCCAGCCUCAUUGGGCAGGCCCUAUUCCCCAAACGCAUCAAAAGCAGUAAUAAAGAAAUCCACCCUUUUAAGCGCUCAUCAUGGACGA